CCAAAAAACCAACAAGAAGAAUCUAAAAGUCAUGAAACUUUUCUUUAUUGUUCUCUCUUUUCUUUGCCUCCUCCAAGCAUCAAAAGGAUUCGAUUUCGACGAAAAAGAAUUAGAGACCGAAGAGAACGUAUGGAAGCUCUAUGAGAGGUGGAGAGGCCACCACUCUGUAACGAGAGCCUCCCACGAGGCACUAAAGCGGUUCAACGUUUUUAGACACAAUGUGCUUCAUGUCCACAGGACGAACAAGAAGAACAAGCCUUACAAACUCAAGGUCAACAGAUUCGCGGACAUAACUCACCACGAGUUUAGAAGCUCCUACGCUGGCUCUAAUGUUAAGCAUCACCGGAUGCUUCGUGGACCGAAGCGCGGAUCUGGUGGUUUCAUGUACGAGAAUGUAACAAGAGUUCCGAGUUCUGUUGAUUGGAGAGAGAAAGGAGCUGUCACUGAAGUCAAGAAUCAACAAGAUUGUGGAAGUUGCUGGGCGUUUUCGACGGUUGCAGCAGUAGAAGGGAUAAACAAGAUCAGAACAAACAUAUUGGUUUCAUUGUCUGAACAAGAGCUUGUUGAUUGUGACAUUGAAGAGAAUCAAGGUUGUGCAGGAGGUCUCAUGGAACCUGCGUUUGAAUUCAUAAAGAACAAUGGUGGCAUCAAAACCGAAGAGACUUAUCCUUACGACUCCAAUGAUGUUCAAUUCUGCAGAGCUAAGAGUAUCGAUGGAGAAACUGUAACGAUUGAUGGACACGAACACGUCCCUGAGAAUAAUGAAGAAGCACUUCUCAAAGCUGUUGCUCACCAACCUGUCUCUGUAGCUAUUGAUGCUGGGAGCUCAGAUUUCCAGCUUUACUCUGAGGGUGUGUUUAUCGGGGAAUGCGGGACUCAGUUAAACCAUGGGGUGGUGAUUGUCGGGUAUGGAGAGACUAAAAAUGGAGCAAAAUAUUGGAUAGUGAGGAACUCAUGGGGACCGGAAUGGGGAGAAGGGGGUUAUGUUCGGAUAGAAAGAGGAAUAUCUGAGAAUGAAGGACGUUGCGGUAUAGCCAUGGAGGCUUCUUAUCCCACCAAGGUUUCUAAUUCCACUCCCUCUACUCCUGAGUCAGUAGUUCGCGAUGAUGUUAAAGACGAACUCUAGAGACUCUAAGGCAUUGAAAACUGGAUUUCAACGAUUCUUCUAGUGAUCUUACACUGAGUUUAAUUAUCGUGUAUUCAUCUUAAAUUGAGACGAGUUUUAUCUCCUUGUAAUAUUGGCCAGCAUAUAUUCCUUUGC